AUGAAUGAAAGUCAGUACACUUUAGAUAGGAUUGAUCGCAAAAUUUUAUCGGCACUUCGAAAAGAUGGUCGUUUAACGGUCGCUCAGCUCUCUGAACUGGUUGGACUCUCCUCUUCGCCAUGUUGGACACGUGUUAAACGUCUAGAAUCUUUAAAUGUAUUCGCCAUACUCGUUCUAUUUUUGCUUUACGUCCUUUAA